CUUUUAUGGGAGGGGUGGUAAGAGGAAGGACAAUGCAGCGCUGUGGAUCCGAUAUCUGUGUUUCCACAGCAACAGAUAUUAAAUUACGACGGGUGUUGGACUUUAAACAGAGGUGGAGGGACAGGUGACGCAGGCUUCAGUAAACUGUCUUCUUCCUGAACAGAAACGCAGCAGUCUCAGACAUGGCUAAAUUCCUCUCACAAGCUCAGAUCAAUGAGUACAAAGAGUGCUUCUCAUUGUAUGACAAGAAUCAAAACGGCAAGAUAAAUAACAAUGACCUGAUCACAGUUAUGCGCUGCCUGGGUACAAGCCCCACACCUGGUGAAAUCAGGAGACAUCUACAAGUCCACAAAAUUGAAAAGUCUGCUGAGGUGGAGUUCUCUACGUUCCUGUCAAUAAUGCACAGACAGAUGCAACAGGAGGAUCCCAAAGUGGAAAUCCUGGAGGCCUUGAAGAUGACGGACAAGCAGAAGAAGGGAUACAUCGAGGCAUCUGAGCUGCGGGCCAAGCUCACCAUGUUAGGAGAGAAACUCACAAACAAAGAAGUGGACGACCUCUUCAGAGAGGCACACAUCAAGUCAAAUGGGAUCGUCAAAUACGAAGAGUUCACAGCGAUGCUGACGCUGCCACCUGUUGAUUACUGAUUUUUAAAAAAAGAAAACAACUACGUCAAACGUCAGGACAACAAGCUACGUUGGAAAACUGACUCUGAAUAUCAAGAAGGUGACAUCAUAGUCACAUUUUGCACAUGAAGUUCGGUUGUAUUAAAUUUGCCUGUUGGUACAGCAAAAGUUUUUCACAAUGAUUAUUUCUUGAAUAUUUUAUGAUUAAUACACAAUACUUUAAUUUCUUUCCAUAACUCUCCUUUGUAACUGAACACUACACAGUACGUGUUAGCAUGUGACCCUGGUGUAAAGCCAUUAGAUCCUCAGCGCCAUAGCUGACCACGCUUCACCCAAUUAAAUCCUAUCCCUUGGGUGUUAAUAUUGACUAGUGAGUAUGUACCAAUCUCAUCUUUUAUGAGAGUUUCAAGUGUUCACAUGUUGUUGUUCAACAAGCUUGUAUGUAAAAGUUGUGGAAUUUGAAAGAAAAUAAACUGUAAUUCCUGCUGGUAUUUAGAAACUCUGACAGCUCCAAUUUCUCUGUCCUCUCAAAUCUUGCAUGCAUAAAUAACUGCCUCACAUUUGACAUUUAUUAAAAUUCUAUUUAAAUAAGUGACAUCUCAUAUUUAUAUUUCCUUUUAUUAAGGGCUACAGCCAUAAAAUCUUUGUGUUUCACACGUUUUAAUUAGUAGCGUUUAGCACAGUGUAGCACUAUGCAUACUUAAUGACAAAACACUCACAGACUAAUUCAAUGAAUGCCAUUUUCUCCACAUUUAUUGUAUGGGCUAAACUUUAAUGGUUCAUUAAAGUUAAUUAUACCACGGUGUAAGUGCUGUGAAAAGAUGCUACUUAACAAUCUGAUUGCUUCAGUGUGAACGUGUUUAAUGACUACUACACAUGUGGCAUUAUGUCCAUUCAACAUAAGUGGUCGAUCUUAUGAUUGGAAACCAACAAUUUCAUUAAAUGUACAGAGAUGAAUCUUUAAAAAUAAAACAAAGUACAGGAAUAAAUCACUAACAAACUAAAAAAAACAAAAAAACAAUAAAAAACAACUAUGCAACUAAACGUGGCAGGUAUGUAAAGUUCUUUAUUCAUCUAAAUUGUCUGUAAAUAUAAAGGUUGUACAUGUCGAAGUACUGGCUUGUUUUUGCCUUCAAAAAUAAGAAGAACUACUAAUGAGAAUAAAUGAGCAAAGGUGUGAAAAACAGAACAUUUUAUCUUAGUGGUAACAGCAAGGCUGAUAUCAAACAUAUAUUAGUAAAGUCUGAGUUUCAUGCAAGUGUACCCUGAGCUCACCUGUGCCUUCCCUGUUAUGACAUAUCAAAAUGUUGUAAAAAUACUAUGUCUGCUCCAAGAUAAACAACUACCAUUAGCAUGCCCAAAUACUACCUAAAGUAGGCCAGGCAUAAUAUCCAUUACUUUGAGUUGCGAUAUAAAUAACCCUGGUCUCUAGGCCUAAUGUUUCAGUGGUGUUAAUUGGCCCCAAAUGCUUCUAUGUCAGUGCUUAGUGGUUUUGUCCCAUCCUUUACUGGAAUCAGACAGAUUAGAGUCCUCAUCCAUUAGCCUGUUGUUUGGUAAAAAAUGAAACAUGCUCCCUUCUACACACAUCAAUAACCACCUGGCAGGUUUACCAUCUAGGCUUCAUUCGUCAUGGUUAUAUCUUAAAUUUAUCUUAAAUGUCACAGUCCUUGGCUCUUUGUCAUGAUCCGGGCAAAGACUUUUCCCUAUACAAAGUUAGGAGAAAAAUCAUUACAUGUGUAAUCCAGCAGCAUGCUUCAGAGGUAUUUCAA